AUAAAAGUAGGCCAGCCGGGCCCUGUACUGCUGACAGGGAUGGUAAGGACAAAAAAAGAUCCUAGCGAGGGCCAUAGGAGUGCAGGGGGUCUAGGAGAUUAGUGAGCAGCAGAGUAAGCUAGUGGGGUGGUUUGCAGAGUGAUCCGCUGCCGAAAUGGCCACCAAAGUAGUGGAUCUGAUCUACUGGCGGGAUGUGGGGAAGACGGGGCUGGUGUUCACAGGGCUGGUGAUAGGCCUGGCCAGCCUGUUCCAGCUCAGUGCCAUCACCGUGCUGUCCUACCUGUGUAUGGCCAUCAUGUGUCUCACCUUCCCCCUACGCCUCUACUACAAACUCCUAGAGCUGAUACGUAAGAACCCUGAAGGAGUGCACCCCUUCCAGUCUUAUAUAGGAGACGACAGCUCUCUGACAGAUGAGGAGACGGUGUUGGUGGUGGAGGAAGUGGUGCUGAUGAUUGCCUUCGCCGUCACAGAGAUCAAACGCCUGCUCUUCAUCGGCAGCAUCAUGGACUCCAUCAAGUUUGUGUUGCUGCUGUGCGUGUUGGUCUAUGUGGGCAUCACGACCAACGGACUGACCCUGGUGAUAGUUGGUGUCAUCUGUGUUUUCUCUCUUCCUCUAUUCUACAAACAAAUGCAGGGUCGGAUGAAGAGGAUUGGCAAAGUGGUCAACGGCCUCCUGAGGAAAAUCAAAAGCUUGUUUAAGAGGUUGUGCAGUACACUGAGAUCCUCUACUGCGGCUAAACCUGCUCCAACCACUACCCUGACCCCGGUGCCAGCCCUGGCCCCAAAACACAAACAAAAGUCAAAGUGAUAAGAAACAGAAAGGGGGAUCUAUGGGAAAAGAGGGGGGUCAUUCAUACGUCUUAUCAGACCACCUGGGAUUAGGGGCUGGGAAACUCUGACAAGGGGGAGGGGUACAAGGACCUCAUGGGGUGUGACGGGAGGGGGUACCAGGACCUCAUGGGGUGUGACAGGAGGGGGUACAAGGAUCUCAUGGGGUGUGACGGGAGGGGGUACCAGGACCUCAUGGGGUGUGACGGGAGGGGGUACAAGGACCUCAUGGGGUGUGACGGGAGGGGGUACAAGGACCUCUUGGGGGUGUGACGGGAGGGGGUACAAGGACCUCAUGGGGGUGUGACAGGAGGGGGUACAAGGACCUCAUGGGAGUGUGAGUGUUCUUUGGAAGGCUACUGGUGUUUUAUAUUUCCAUUUUCCCAUUGUGGUGUCUGUGAAUGGGAACAUGAUUUCAAAUCCAGUGUUUGGUGUUGGUACACUAAAGACGUUUACAGACAAAUGCAAUGUUUAUAUGGGAGGGAAUUUUCAGUCAAAUCUAAAAGACAACUAGUUCACCUUGGGGGGGGGGGGGGUAUAUACCACAGAACACUGGCCAUCUGACCACAUGCCUUAUAAUUUACUUUGGAAGUGCACUCAAAGCGUAAGAAUGGGUGAAUGGGUGCAUAUUCAAUGAUUGGAGCUUACUCAAAAGUGUCAUUAAACUGCAUUAUUCCCUUUUUCUUGAUUUUUGCUUAAAUUGUUGAAUAAAUGUUGAGUACAUGUUUGAACCUUU